AUGAAAAAUACCAACGUAGUUCUAUUGCUAUUCUUCAUUCUUAUGCCAAUAAUGGCUCAAGGGGUUGUCUUAGGAUCCAAAUCUGUGCAACAAUGGUUCCAGAAACUUCCUAAUGCAAAGCAAAAGAUAACCAAGUUUCAUUUCCACUUGCACAAGAUAGCUAGCGGGAAGAAUCCAACUGCAGUUCGAAUAGCCCAGUCCAACAUGAGUAUCAAAUCUCCAACUGUCUUUGGGUUUGGUGAAAUGAUUGACGACUCACUGACAGUUAGACGACCAGAACCCAAUUCGGCAAUAAUGGGUCGAGCCCAAGGGAUUUAUGGUUCGGCUGAUCAAAAGGGGUUUAGUCUAAUCAUGGCCAUGAACUUUGUGUUCACAACUGGCAGGAACCCUGUAUUUCACCAGUAUCGCGAGAUGCCGAUCGUUGGUGGUUCUGGAAUAUUCAGGUUGGCUCAAGGAAGUGCCACUGCAGAGACCUAUUGGUUUAAUACUAGUGGGGAUGCUAUUGUUGAGAAUAAUGUUAUGGUCCUGCAUUACUAG